GUUCGUAGCGCUACUCUUUUCCGCUCCACGGUGACCUCCGUGUGGUCGGUGCGGGCGGAGUCUUCCUCGAUCCCGUGGUGCUCCGCGGCGCGGCCUUGCUCUCUUCCGGUCGCGGGACACCGGGCGUAGAGGGCGGUCGCGGCGGGCAGUGGCGGCAGAAUGUUGGCUACCAGGGUAUUUAGCCUAGUUGGCAAGCGAGCAAUUUCCACCUCUGUGUGUGUACGAGCACAUGAAAGUGUUGUGAAGAGCGAAGACUUUUCGCUCUCAGCUUAUGUGGAUCGGCGUGACCACCCCUUGCCGGAGGUGGCCCAUGUCAAGCACCUGUCUGCCAGCCAGAAGGCCUUGAAGGAGAAGGAGAAGGCCUCCUGGAGCAGCCUCUCCAUGGAUGAGAAAGUCGAGUUGUAUCGCAUUAAGUUCAAGGAGAGCUUUGCUGAGAUGAACAGGGGCUCGAACGAGUGGAAGACGGUUGUGGGCGGUGCCAUGUUCUUCAUCGGCUUCACCGCGCUCAUUAUCAUGUGGCAGAAGCGCCAUGUGUACGGCCCCCUCCCGCAAAGCUUUGACAAAGAGUGGGUGGCCAAGCAGACCAAGAGGAUGCUGGACAUGAAGGUGAACCCCAUCCAGGGCUUAGCCUCCAAGUGGGACUACGAAAAGAAUGAGUGGAAGAAGUGAGAGAUGCUGGCCUGCGCCUGCACCUGCGCCUGGCUCUGUCACCGCCAUGCAACUCCAUGCCUAUUUACUGGAAACCUGUUAUGCCAAACAGUUGUACCACUGCUAAUAAAUGACCAGUUUACCUGAAA